UCCCAGGAGCCAUGUUGUCAGAAGUCCUGCUAGUGUCUGCUCCAGGGAAAGUCAUCCUUCAUGGAGAGCAUGCCGUGGUCCAUGGCAAGAUAGCACUGUCUGUGGCCUUGAACUUGAGAACAUUCCUCCGGCUUCAGCCCCACAGCAAUGGGAAAGUGGGCCUCAACUUACCCAACAUUGGCAUCCGGCGGGCCUGGGAUGUGGCCAAGCUUCAGAUGCUGGACACCAGCUUUCUGAAGCAAGGUGACGUCACAGCACUCACCCCGGAGCAAGUGGAGAAGCUGAAGGAGGUGGCGGGCUUCCCCGAGGACUGUGCCGACCACGAGCACCUGGCUGUGCUGUCCUUCCUUUACUUGUACCUGUCCAUCUGCCAGAGUCAGAGAGCCCUGCCCAGCCUGGACGUCGCUGUGUGGUCGGAGCUGCCCACCGGGGCCGGCCUCGGCUCCAGUGCCGCCUACUCUGUGUGUUUGGCGGCUGCCCUCCUGACUGCGUGCAAGGAGAUCCCAAACCCACUGAAGGAUGCCGAGGCCGCCAGCAGGUGGACUGAGGAGAGCUUGGAACUAAUUAACAAGUGGGCCUUCCAGGGGGAGAGGGUGAUUCAUGGGAACCCCUCCGGAGUGGACAACGCUGUCAGCACCUGGGGAGGAGCGCUCCGAUACCAGCAAGGGAAGAUUUCAUCCUUAAAGAGGCCGCCAGCUCUGAAGAUUCUGCUGACCAACACCAAAGUCCCUCGCAGCACCAAGGCCCUGGUGGCUGGCGUCAGGAGCAGGCUGCUGAAGUUCCCAGAGAUCGUGGCCCCCCUCCUGACCUCCAUAGACGCCAUUUCCCUGGAGUGCGAGCGGGUGCUGGGGGAGAUGGCGGCGGCCCCGGCCCCGGAGCACUACCUCGUGCUGGAGGAGCUCAUCGACAUGAACCAGCACCAUCUGAAUGCCCUCGGUGUGGGCCAUGCCUCGCUGGACCGGCUGUGCCAGGUGACCAUGGCCCACGGACUGCACAGCAAGCUCACUGGUGCGGGCGGCGGGGGCUGUGGCAUCACGCUUCUCAGGCCAGAUCUGGAGCGGCCAGAGGUGGAGGCCAUGAAGCAGGCGCUGACCAGCUGUGGGUUUGACUGCUGGGAAACCAGCAUCGGUGCCCCUGGUGUCUCCGUCCACACGGCUGCCUCCCUGGACGCCCCUGUCCAGCAAGCCCUGGAUGGCCUCUGA